AUGCGCUCUAUACUUCCCGGUAGCACUUUUGUGCUUGCAAGUCAUGUUCUUGCUCAAGUAGAUUCCAAGACCGCUUGUGACGCGGUGACAAACAUCUGUUACUCGACGUAUCUCGCUCGUGAGUCAGGAAUCAGUAUCGGAAUUGCACUCCCUAUGAAUGUGUCGGAUCCUUACGAUGCAAUUAUCUCAAUCAGUGCACCACUAGCAACUACGUGGGCUGGAUUCGCAUGGGGUGGGACAAUGGUUUUUAAUCCACUCACAGUGGGAUGGGCAAAUGGUAAUACGGCUGUGGUAUCCUCGCGAUUUGCAUUCGGACUAGGCCUCCCGCCGUCCUACGAUGGCGCGGAAUAUACUCUGUUAAAGGGGACCACAGUCAACAGUACACACUGGAAAAUGACAGCUAAAUGCUCGGGUUGUACAUCCUACCAAGCGAACGACGGAUCCCAAGCAGUACUGGAUGGUAUGGGAACGGCACAGUUCGCCUGGGCUCAAGGGACCACCCCUGUCCAAGAACCAGCAAACAAUAACUCGGCCUUCAAUAUGCACACGUCCUAUGGUAAAUGGACUCACGAUCUGAAUGCUGCUCGUAGCCCCAAUUUCAAUGCUUGGGUUGCAAGUAACAUUCUAAGUCCAGCUUCAUUAACCACAGCGCCCCAAGGAUCAAGUGUGCAAGUAACGACCUCCAAGCCCGCAGCCACGAUAGUGACGAGCACGACUUCUUCUGCUAAAGCAGGUCCUACGGUUGCGAAAGGGAAGAUACCCACUUCAUGUUCGGGAGCUGGAGCACCAAAAUUUUCUUCUGUUCUCGCAAGCGGAUGGAAAGCAACGAAGGUCUUAGGCGGUCUGACAAGUCCACGGAGUAUCAUUUUUGACCCGGUAGGCAACAUGCUCGUGGUCCAAUCUGGAAAGGGUAUCACACUCCAUACAAUGACUACAGACGGCUGUAUUUCUGCCACAAAAACACUCGUCGCUCUGAAUAGUCUUAAUCAUGGCAUUGCACUUAGUGCUGAUGGCAAGACGUUAUAUGCCAGCAGCAUGACCCAGGUUUAUUCGUGGCCAUAUACGGCUUCUUCGGGGACGGUGGGUACUAGGGCGACCAUAAUAACCGGGAUGUUCAACGGUGGUCAUUCUACUCGCACGCUAUUGUUGUCGCCAAAAAACCCAAACCUACUGGCAGUGUCUCAUGGCUCGAAUGACAACUUCGACUAUGCGUCUGGGAACCCAAAAACGGCCCGCGCUUGCGUUAAAGUAUUCGACGUGAAAGUAAUCCCGAGUGGGGGCUACAACUACGUGUCUGAUGGGUGGCUUGCAGGCUAUGGCAUGCGAAAUGAGGUUGGAAUUGCGUUUGAUGGCAACAGCAUGCUCUGGGGUGUCGAAAAUAGUGGUGAUAAUUUCUCUCGGGGUGGAAAAGAUGUUCACCAAGAGAACCCGGCUGAGAAGCUCAAUUACAUUGGAGAUGUCACAAAGAACAACGACAAGUGGUUCGGAUACCCGACCUGCUAUGCGGUCUGGAAACCAAGCGAUUUUACAGACCAAAAGUUUCAGAUUGGCGACCAAUUCGUAAUUGCCCCAAAUGCAACUUUCAAAGAUGAUACUUGCAAGAGUUUGUCAACGCCACCAUCGCUCGUCUUCCAGCCUCACUCGGCCCCCAUCGACAGCAAGUUCGAUGAUACAUUCAGUAAUCUCUACGUUACCUUCCAUGGGUCCUGGAAUCGGGUUCCAACUACUGGAUUCAAGGUGGUGCAAGUGCCUUUCACGAGAGGUGCUGAUGGUGUGUACAAGCCCGUUUCUACACUUGCAACCACCACAGGGUACAAGGAUAUCUUUUGGAAUCCAGACGUCACCAGAUGCCAAGGCAAUGGACCCAGCUUCAGUUCUGGAUGCUUCAGACCCGCUGGACUUGCUUUCGAUGUUGCAGGUAGACUUUACAUGACUAGUGAUAUAUCUUCUGACGGGGAACUGUGGGUACUAGGCCAGUCUUGA